CCUGUGGGGUUGCCCUGUCUGCUCACUGCCUGCGAGUCAGGCUGAAUCCGAGUCACGUGACACUUGCCCGAGGCAGAGAUUGAGAGAAAAGCGCUUCAUUCCUUCUUCCACCGCCAUACUGUAUUUUAUACUAAAUCUCAUUUUUAUUCCAACAUUUUACUCCCGCUCGGUGAGUACAUUUUCAAUGACAUUUUUAAAACAUUUUUGUCUUUUUAUUUUUUCUUCUUUUGCUGGUGUUAAAAAUGAGAAUUGAAGUAUGGUUUUGAGCAUUUUUCUUACAGGAUCCAAGUUUUUAGCAUGCAGUGAUUCUGGAUCAUGGUUUUCACAAUGUCUGUGUGACUCAGUGGCGACAGUCACUGAAAAAUACUUGCAGUCCUUAAAAAAAAUAUGCAACUGGUUUUUAAACAAGCGGGUGGCAGUUUUAUUUUUUAAAGCAUGUCUACUUGUGGUUUUUAAAGAUUUUUCUUUUUCAUUUUCUGACUUUUGCUGUAGCUGUGAUUUGCUAUAUUUGCUGUGUUUGUUUCACAGAGUUUUGGGAUUUUGCGAGCUCAGUGCGAGUCACUGGAGCAAGCACCUGCUUUUAUUUCAUUCCUGCUUUCCUUUCAGAAUUAUUUUUAACCUGCUGAUAUUUUAAUGUGAAACUUUUCUUGCAGCUUAUUGAUCACAGGUUUUUUUUUUCUUUUCAUUUUUGAAUUCCUAGUACUUUUGCAUAUUUGAGAAUCAAAACAUGUUUUUGAAGAUGAACAUUUUUGCAUUAGUUAUACAGUGGCUGUGGAAGGUUUCUUGAGGGUGGGGUGGGAUGAAGUGCGUUUUUGGUUUCCUUGUCAACGAAGACGAAAUGAACAGCUGAGCCACGUCGCAGGUUUUGGCUGGGCUAACAGCAAGUGUUUGUGUAUGUCUGCUAGUACUAGCACCUUUCAUCAACAAACCUAAAAUGAAAACAGCCCUAGACCUCUGAACAACACAAGUAUAAAACCGAAGCAUUCCUACUGAGGGCAAUCAGGAAAACAAGUGAAGGACAAUGACUGGCAAGACCCAGACCAGCAAUGUCACCAACAAGAAUGAUCCCAGAUCCAUCAACUCGAGGGUUUUCAUUGGCAAUCUCAACACAGUAAUAGUAAAAAAAGCUGACAUUGAAGCUAUCUUUGCCAAGUAUGGGAAAAUAGUUGGCUGCUCAGUACACAAAGGAUAUGCAUUUGUUCAGUACAUGAGUGAAAGAAAUGCACGGGCUGCGGUUGCAGGGGAGAAUGCAAGAAUCAUUGCAGGACAGCCACUCGACACAUCCUUACCUGUCCCUGCUUUGAGAGUCUCUGAUACCCCUAGGAAUGCAUGCUUUUUUAAAGAUAUCAAUAUGGCUGGUGAACCAAAACCCUACAGACCAAAAGCUGGAUCCAAGAGACCUCUCUCUUCCCUUUAUAGUGGUUAUGAAUUUGAUUAUGACUACUACAGAGAUGAUUUCUACAAUCGGCUAUUUGAUUACCAUGGCCGUGUGCCCGCACCUCCACGUGCAGUGAUCCCAUUGAAGCGGGCUCGGGUGACAGUGCCCUCUACACGCAGAGGCAAAAGCAGCUUUCCUAUAAAAGGGGCAUCAAGAUCAAUGACAGGCUCCUCGUCUUCAGGACCCAAAUUAAAAUCAGAUGAUCUGCAGACAAUCAAAAAGGAACUGAUGCAAAUUAAAACAAAAAUUGAUUCCCUGCUGGGCAGACUGGAUAAGAUUGAGAAGCAGCACAGAGCUGAAACUGAUGUUCAGAGAAAAUAUGAAGGUACCACAGAGUCUAUUCAUGAAGAAUCCAUAUCUGAGAAUGCAGACAACUCUACAGAGGAGCCAGGUGAAGGAGGUCCUGAUGCUGACGUUGAUGAAAUGACUGAUGGGAUAGAGGAGGAUUAUGAUGAAGGCGGCAGUAAUGAUCUGAUAGAGAACCAUUUCUCAGACAUAGAAGACACCAGCAAUUGAUAAAAAGUAUGGUAAAACAAGCAGAAGAUGCCAAACAGCCCAGAAUCGGCUGCAGAGACACAAUGAGAAUGUGCACGAUGAAAAGGACCCAACUUCCUACGCAAGAAAUGAGGACGGCUGCUGCAAAUCUAAUACCAGUAUUCUGAAAGAUGUGGUCAUUCUUUCACCUAAAAAGAACUUCUUGAAAUAGCAGAUUAAAUGUGAAUAAUGAAAUUCAGAAUUUUGUGAUUAUCAUUAAUACAGUCACUUGGACGUGAUCUGCAUCUGAUAUUGCCAUUACUGUUUCUUUGUCCUGGAUUACUGGACACCAAAAUGUUUGUCUGCAUUUUCCAUAUAGUAAUCAGUAGAAAACUAUAAUUGGUUUUGUUAGUUGUUUCUGUAUAAUACUGUAUACAAGAAAGGUAAGGCAUAUAACAAAAUUAGCAGUUGGAAGAUAAUACCACAUCUAUCAAUCCUUGGUUUUUAUUCUUCUAUUGCCCAUCCUGUGAUGUUUUAAGAGGUUGUUAUGUAAUAGUACAUUUGUAAAACACUUGGGCCGGUAAAAGUCCAAUGAAAGGACAUGGUGAUUUAUGUAGAAAUCCUAACAGUAUUUUAUAGAAAUGUAAAAUAAUUGUAAAGCUAUUUUUAUGACCGGCAUGUUUUGUUGUUGAUCUUUAUUUCAGGUUGAUGAUUGUGUGGCUUCUGCUUUUGUUGAGUAACACACAACAGAUUCACAAAGCAGUUUAAUACUGCAUUCAGAGGCAGUUUAAUACUGCAUUCAGAAGCAGUUUAAUACUGCAUUCAGAGGCAGUUUAAUACUGCAUUCAGAGGCAGUUUAAUACUGCAUUCAGAGGCAGUUUAAUACUGCAUUCAGAGGCAGUUUAAUACUGCAUUCAGAGGCAGUUUAAUACUGCAUUCAGAAGCAGUUUAAUACUGCAUUCAGAAGCAGUUUAAUACUGCAUUCAGUAGAAUGUGUGUUACUAGUGUAUUGGGUGCAAUGUGUUACAUGUUAUCAAGAGUACUAUAUAAACCAUGGAACACUGUCAACAAAAAAUACCAGCCGAUUCCCUGGCAUAAACAUGAAUAUAUACAAUAUUUUAAUAGAAUGUGCUGUAAUGUAUAUUGAAUCAAAAAGUGAAACUUGCACAAAUAGGUCUUGUUGUCAAAAAAGUUAAUUCAGGUCUCUGUGGUUCUCAAACGGGGUUCUCAAAGGUUGAUCAGGAGGCCCCCAGAAAGUUCAGGAAACUUCUCUUUUGUAAAACACCAUAUCCUUCAUGUGCAAAAAGUGGUCUUUCACUGUUAUGUUGAGAGACAGAUUUGGUGUAAUACUCACAGACGUUAUACAUUAAAUAUUAAAUUGCACUCUAGUUUGAUUUUUCCUUCUUGUUUGUGAUUUGCUUUAUUGAUUUGCCACCCCCCCAAAAAAAAGUUUAGAGAACCUGAAUUAGUUUUCCCUGAGAUGUCUAGAAAAUGCAUCUUGUUUUAUGAUAAGUUAUAUCUAAUCAAUUGGUUUUCAUAGCAUUUCAUUUAGACCUGGGUAAUGUGGGUUGUUUCAAAUGUCAACCCAAUAAGAAGUUGUAGUUUUACUCAGAUUGUAUUAUUGAGGGUUUGAAAUUAGUGUAUGGAGCAAGUAACUGAAGGUUAACAAGAUUUUCAUUAUGUUUCAUAAUUUGUGUAUAAAUAUAUAUUUUAGCAACAGUUAUUAUCCAGACAUAUCCUUAUAGUAUAAGUUCACAUACUGAAAUAUAACUGGUAACAUGUUUAAGGAUCUGUGGUAAACAAAUAAUAAUGCAAGGGUUGUUUUAUAAGGGCAGCAGUGUGGAGUAGUGGUUAGGGCUCUGGACUCUUGACUGGAGAGUCAUGGGUUCAAUCCCCAGUGGGGGUCACUGCUGUUGUACCCUUGAGCAAGGUACUUUACCUAGAUUGCUCCAGUAAAAACCCUGUGAUAUCUUCUAACAAUUGUAAGUCGCCCUGGAUAAGGGUGUCUGCUAAGAAAUAAAUAAUAAUAAUAAAAUUAGACAGUUAUUACUAUCAGGCUAUAACAAUACAGUGCUAUAAUAACAUAUACAUAAGGAAUUAAAAGAAACCUUUCAAUUACUUUGUGCCACUAAAAAGCUAUUCUAAUAAACUGUUAAUCCUUAUGUCAAAACCUUUAAUAACACAUUUUGUUUCAAGUCAAGUGCGGUCAGAUAACUCACUUUGUCACCACGUAAAAGCAGCACUGCUUGUUUGCUGUGUGUCAGCUGCAGGAAGGCUGGGCACCCCAGUUCUAUCUCACCAGUACUAGUGAAUAAUUUAACACAAAAGGAUUCUAAAAAAAAAAUAAACUUUAAGCGUGUGUACAGGGUUGGGAAAUUACAAUGUUUUAGAUUUUUACAGUAGGGCAGUAAAAGAGCCUGUUAGAAAAAUACAAACAGCAGGUAGGAAAUACACAAUUUUCAGAUCUACCUCAGUAGCAGAGCUUAUUUAAAUCAACACAGUGUCACUGGAUAUAACCUGAGCUUUCAAUAUCUGUUGCCCUUCAUUGCAUGAACUAUCACGCUUUAAUAUCGUGGGGUAUUAGGAGGUGACCGCUUACUUUGGUUCCUAAAUAUUUUAUUUGUUAGCCUCUUGUUCUGUGUAUAUGUAAAAUAAACAAAACAAAAAAAAGUAAAUAUUUUUUUGUGUUUUAUCAAAGUCUGAAACACAUAUAACUUCUCCUAAUGUACUGGCUGAUUUAUUAAAGUGGUUGAGCUACAACAUUUUUUCAUAAACCUGCACUUCUAUUCACUUAUGGGUCUCAGGUGUUCUUAUUUUAAAACGUGACAUUAAAAGGUGUUUGCCGAUUUCUUUCAUAACUGCACAUCUGAGUAUAUAAUGAAUGGAUAAGCAUGGGACUAUUUUGUUAGCUACAAUCAUUUCAAGUAAGCAGGAUAUUUUCACAUGUCAUUGCUAAUAUUGAAUCAUGUGAUCAUAGGACUUUCAGGAAGUGAAACCCCAUAGCUGGUGCCACCAACACAGCAACACAUCCCAUGACCAGGAUGGGAAGAAUGUCUAAUGUGGAAGUUUCAGUCCACAUGUGGAAGAGGUAGCAGAAAUUCAAUAGGAAUCAUCAAUGGGAGAGUGUAGUUCGAGGGAUGUUGACAAAAUGAUGUGGCAUUCUUUACAUUCCAGUCUUCCAUCAUCAAAAUGGGGACCGUUCCAUCCUGACACCGAACGCUUUGGCGUCCCCUAUGGCCACCUAUGGGAUUUCAAUUCUUAUUUUGUCUUUAUUGUAUCUUGCAGGUUGAGCCUUCACAUGAUCAAUACGUUAGCUACUUUAACACGCUAAAGUGGCUUACUUUAUAAUUAACCUGUGACAGUCAGACAGCAUACAGUAGUGAACAGCUAAUUCCCAUCUUUAACUGUUUUGAUGUUCUUGCAAGUCUGUCAUAUAAUUUAUUUUUAAUGAUGUAACAUAAUUUUUACAUGUAUGUAAAUAAAUGUUUUAUCUGAUGA